GGGUUUUAAGUGUGGACCUGGCCCCAAAGUUUGAGUCUGAAUUCUUUUUUCCUUUGUUUUUCCUUUGUUUUUUGUUUUUCUCUCUCUUUUUUUUUUGUUUUCUCGAAAAGGGCAACAGCCUUCAGGUAUCAUUAUUCGGCUGACUGGCCCCAGGUCCAUAUUUCAACAGUUCAUGGGUGUACUGACUGAGCUAGGCCCGUUGAUCAUAUCUUCACAAGAGGCCAGCACUGGAGGAAGGGGUCGGACGACAGGUGUGCAAGAUGGAAGGCGACCCCCUCCGGCCUUGGGGCAGCAUCAGCCGCUGCCUCCUCAAGGAAGUGCACAUUUGCCAGGGUUGGACAGCAUGGGGAGGAUCUCGGGCACUCCAUACCCUCCGGGACCACUGCCCCCUGCGAGUGUGUCAGGUGGACCAUCUAGUGCAUAUAGCAGCAGCAGCAUCGGCACAGCUUCCUCGCAUAGGCAUGGCGUCUUAAGUGGCGCAGGUUCUGAACUUCCUUCCACGUACAGGGCCGUGGGUGGGUAUGGGGGUCAAGCAGGAGCAGGGCCUGGUUAUGGAGGGAGAACGGCCCGUAUGGUGGCUUCAAGUGCAAUGUCGCCCCAUGUUGCUGCUGCGGAAGAUAAUGGCAGUGGCGGGAAUCUCUCUCAAUAUGGACAAUCUAGAUUUCCACCACAGGGGCAGGCUGGAGGAGGACAUGCAGCCUUCCCGACUCCUAGUUUUCCUUCUCCAUCAAUCGCUCCUGGUAAUCAGGUAGCAGGAGCUGCUUCUGUAGCAGCCACAGGGGUGGGGAAGAGGGCAAACCCUGAAAAGCUGCGGGAAAUCGAAGAGCUCAAGCAGGAGUUGACAAGGGCAUCGGAGAUGACGGAAAUUCUGCGACGGCAGGGGAGGCACUUGGACUCCAUGCAGCAUAGUAGAUAUGUUAAGGAACUGCAGACAAAUAUCCAGGCCCUCGAGUCGAAUCUUUAUGAAGAUUCUGCGGAUAGUGAAGAAAGCACAGGUCAUGGGGGGGGAAAUGUUUUGGGUGGUAGUUCGAUGCCUGCCCCUGAUUUUGGAAGUAUAUGGAGCGGUCCUGCCACCUCCACUGGCUUUGGACGUGUGGACAGUGCUUUUGCUCAUCAAGCUCCGGGGUUGGGACGCAUGGAAAGCUCUGCAUCAGCGCCUUUUGCUUCGUUUGCAAGUAUGGGGAGUGCCACUCCUGGAUUGACACCGCCGGUGGGUGGUGCUACCAUGCCCGCUGAUAAAUUUGGGGGUACCCUGGGUAUAGAUGGAGGUGGUGUACCUUUUGCAUCCAGUCUUGGGCCGCUGCGCACUGCAAGCAGUGCUUCUGCGACAGGGUCGGAAUGGGUACCCACAACAGAUGGCAUUGUUGCUUCAGGACCUACAGCAGCAGCUGCAUUUGGACGUUCGGAUAGUACUCCGGCAGCGGCCAUUCCAGGAGUCGAACGUGUAUCGAGCAUGGUGGCCACACCUUCAGUUGGUUUUGGACAUGUGGAUAGUGGUGUCGGUGUCACUUCUGCAGCCAUUGCUGGCUUGAAUCGUGUUGCGAGUGGUGCCCCUGUUACAGAUGCUGGAUGGGAACGCCCAUCCAGUACUGUUGCCAACACUCCGGCUAGAUCAGAGCAGCCAGGCAUUUCUUCAUCAGGAGCCGUUCAUGGACUGGACCGUAUCUCCAGUGCCCCGUUUAUGACCUGGAACAUGCCACUGGGUGGAAGCAACGACCAGCAAGAGGGUUUGCGGAUAGGUGAUGAUGGGAUGGGAAGCAUGGGUUCUUCCACAGCCAUGGUUGCAGUUGGGCGACCAGAUACUGCUGCUUCCUCAAUGGUCAGCUCUGCAUUGCAACGCAUAUCAAGUGUUUCUUCUACCCCCUGGAUCAUGCAGCCGGAGAAAGGCGAUGACCGUGAUGGUAGUUUGAUGGGUUACGGCCAAAAGGGGAGGCAUGACGUGGAGGUCCCGGGCGCAAGUGGUACCCAUGGAACGGCAACAGCAUGGGAACAUAUGAUUGGGAGCGCAGAAUUAGGAGGCAACGACAGCACCAUGGCCAGCGUGGCUGCAACUGGACUCACGGGUACUGCAGGUGUGAAAAUUAGCAUGAGCACAAAGCUGGAGAUUAGUGGGGAUAAAGAAGGGAGCUUGGUGGAUUAUGGUGGCCAGGGAAGAAGUGGUGACAGCGGUUUGGGUCCAGAUCCCGACAAGGUUAAGGCCGCUGCCGGAAUGGCUGAUCCUGACCUUGCAGACCUGCUAGAAUGGGGAGCAGCUCCAACAGACACGGGAAGUUCAUCUGCACGAGAAGCUACGGUGGCUGGCACAUCGGAGAAUGUAGGGUUAACAGAGGGAUCUGGGAAGAGGGAUGGGUGGGGGCCAAAGUUCGAAGAUGAAGGGAGCGACUUGGCGCAGUCACGAGGAAAGCAAAUGGCAUCUGCUUCCACCAGCACAAGUGUGGCACCGAUGGGCGUUCCGGAGGGCAACUCAGUGUCACAGUCAUCAGUGGUUGGUGCAUCUGAGUUGCCUGCUGUUCCUCUGAGCUCACUGGGGCCAGUCACAUUGGAAACACCGGUGUCCAGCAAAGUAGAAGCUGCCGGAGGGGCUGCCCCAGGAGAAGAAGCAGGAGGUGGUGGUGGGAUGGGGGCCGGAGCAGGUGUAAGUGAGGGAACCACGAGAGGGCCAGAUGGACCGAAGUCUACGCUGAAUGGCAAGUUGGCAAAACUAGAAGAAGAAAGGCAGGCUUGUAGGAAGAGAGCGGCAGCAUUCAGGAAGGAAGGGAACAUGGCACAGUGGAGAGAGGAGCAAAAGAAAGCCAGGGAAUUGGAAAAGAAGAUAGAAGAUAUGGAGAUAUUGGGCGGUGAUGACGAGGAGGAGGACGAGGAGGAUGAUCUGGAGGUAUUGUUGGGGUUGAAGAAGCCCAAGCGCAGUAAGAAAGUGGGGAAUGCUGCUGCCAAUCCGAUGAGGGCAAAGAUGGUUGAGGAAGUGCAGGCGCUAAAGAAGACAGCUCUGACACUGAAGAGGGAAGGCAAGCUAGCCGAGGCAAAGGGCAGUCUCCGUGAUGCCAAGGUGAAAGAGAAAGAGAUUGAGGAGAAGGAUCUUGUAGGGGGAUGGGACUCUGGUGGGGAAUCAGAGGAUGAAGCGGCACAGCUGGAGGUGUUGCUUGGCAUGAGGCCUCCGAAAGGUGGCCGGUCACAGCAAGAUUAUGCUUCGUCGCUCAACAUUGGCUCUUCCGACAUGGAAUCGUUUGGAGACCUCGGGCUCGAGGCACCAGGUGGGAAACUCGAUCUGUCUGCUCUAGGUCUUGGGGAUCUAGGUGCUCUCGAUGUUGGCGCGGUCAGUGUUGAUGAUUCAGAUCUACACGACCCCCAGAUAGCAGCAAUGCUGAAGGAGGUAGGGUGGCAAGAAGAUUCAUCUGGUCUCUCCGGCCUCGCGGAGCUCACUGGUCCAUCUCUGCAGGUGGAACGUUAUGACAAAGGCACCUUGCUCAGGGAAGCCCUGGGGUGCAAGCGGCGGGCACAGACCCUGAGGAGGCAAGGGAAAAUGCUAGAAGCAGAUGAGGAACUUGAGAGAGCGAGCGCGAUGGAAGCCCGCAUCAAGGCUUUGGAAAGCAGAUCAGCUGGGUAUAAAGCCACCUCAUUGGGGAGACAACCCUCUGCAACGGCAGGGACUGGCAUUCCACCAGAUCACUACUCACCUUUCCGAGAGGACGUCUUGUCUGUGAGUCAGGAAGUCACAGAAGAGGAUGAGCAGAACCCUGAGUACUUAGAGGCCCUGAGUGAAAUGGGGUGGGAGGCUGACGAUCAUCUAAGUGCCCCAUCGAGGAACAAACCUUUUGUCCAUGGUCAGAUGGGAAGGAUGGCUGUGGGACAGAGUCCUGAUAGCAGCAACCUUGCAACGGAUCUGGUCACCAUGAAACAGGAGGUGCUCAGCCAUAAGCAGAGAUCUCUAGCAUUGAAAAGGGAGGGAAAGAUUGCCGAAGCGAAGGCGGCCUUGAAGGAAGCCAAGACUCUGGAGAAAAGAAUUGUGCAGCUGGAGGCGUCUGGGCUGGCAGGGGUCAACCGACCGACACCGUCCUCUGAGCAUGUUCCACGGCCAGCUUCUGUUGGUCCACUGGAGGGUGGUGAUUUCAGCAUGUGGGGGGGCCAUGGAGGGGACCCUGAGGUAACAGAAAAAGAUGAGCACGACCCGGAGGUGAUAGCAAUGCUGCAGUCAGUUGGGUGGUCUUUUGAGGAAGAGAAAAGCGCGACGAGGAAGCCUCCUGGACAGCCAAAGGUGAAAGCAGAUGCCAGAGGACCACAAUCAAGCGGCGUCGUUGAAGAUGUUCGCAUACUUAAACAGGAAGCACUUGAUCACAAGAGGAGGGCGGUGGAUCUGAAAAGGGCGGGGAAGCUUGCCGAGGCCAGACAGGAAUUGAAAGUGGCCAAGGACAUAGAGAACAGAAUUCAACAGCUUGAGGCCGUGAACCUGGCUUCUAACCUAGCAGGUGGCAUGCAGACACUGCCCUCUCUAAAUGCUGGUGGUGAUGUCAGCAUGUUGGGCGACCACGCUAUGGACCCAAAUGUGACAGAAGAGGAUGAGAAUGACCCAGAGAUGAGAGCAAUGCUGGAAUCGGUGGGGUGGUCUUUUGCAGAGGAGAAAAAGGCAAAGAGGCAAGCUGAAGGGCCAAAGGUGCAUGAAAGCGGCAGAGGACCACAAACCACUGGCAUUAUUGGUGAUGUGUCCAUCUUGAAGCAGGAAGCACUUGAUCACAAGAGAAGGGCUGUGGCUCUGAAAAAGGAGGGGAAGUUGCCGCAGGCCAAAGAGGAACUAAAGCUGGCGAAGGCCAUAGAGAAGAGGAUUGAAGAACUCGAGGCUGCAAACCUAGAAGUCCCGACAUCAGUGCCACCAGUUUCAGCUGCUGUUCCUCAUGCAGCCAAGCUUGUCUCACAAGGUGGAGACAAAAAAGAAGGUAUCGAAGACUGCGGACGACGUCAUAGUGAUAGCAGUACUUGUGAUGUGCCGGCCAUGAGGCAGGAAGCACUUCACCGCAAGAGAAAAUCUAUGGCUCUGAGAAGGGAGGGGAAGCUUGCAGAGGCCGAAGAGGAAGUCAGGCUAGCCAAGCUGAUAGAGAAGAGGAUUGAGGAGCUUGAAUCUUCAGACAUGGCAACAGCUCCAUCGCAACAGACACCUGUUUUGGGCGUUUCUCAGGCCGCAGAACUUGGUCCUCGGCGUGGUAGUGGCCAUGGUGAUGGUGCAGGUGUCGCAAAAGAAGAUACACGAGGUCCAGAAGUCGUGGAAGUGCCGAAAUCAGGGCUGAGGACCAUCAAAAUCGAAGAAACAGCGAGCAAGGAAGUAAUCGACGAGCGAAAAAUUCAGAGCAUACAGGCUGAUGUGGUCAGACUAGGCGAAGAAGCUGUUGCCCACAAGAGAAGGGCAGUGGCUUUCAAAAGGGAGGGGAAUCUCGCACAGGCCAGGGAAGAAUUAAGGGCCGCUAAGUUGCUGGAGAAGAAAGUUGAAGAAUUGAAAGCACUGAUUGCGGCAGAUCACCAGUCGAUGCCAUUAUUAGGUGGAACUCCGGCUGCGGCUGUUAGUGCUCCUGAGAGCAAAGAUGGUGUGGUUAUGGUUGCCCAGGGCCCGGAACACAGUACCGGAAAGAAAGAUAGUGGAGGUGUUCUUCGACCCGACACCCUCUGUCAACAUCAGAUUGGGCUGGACGUGAAGGAAGACGGUAAGAAUGAGGCAGAUGAGGUCCAGACAUUGAGCGUCAAUAUUUGUGCCUUGGAGCAAGAAAUGAUAAAGCAUAUGGACAGGGCAGUUGCCUCGCGAAAGGAUGGGUUAAUUGCAGAGGCGAAGGAGGAAUUGAAGGCAGCCGAAAUGAUUGACCAAAGAAUCAAAGCCAUGAGGGCGAUGAAGCCAGAGGCUGUGACUCAGAUGCUGCCAUCUUCAGGCCUCGGGGCUCUGUCAAUGUCGCCUGAGUUAGAGAGGGGUGACUGUAAGGUCAGGGCUGAUCAGCAGCAGGAUUCGGGCGUGCCAGACCAGGAAGAGAGGAGCACAGAAAAAUUGCCACAGCUGAGUGCGGCAGGCAGGUACGAUGAAGCAGAUGAAACUCAAAAAAUGCAAAUGACUGGGAAUAAGGAAGUGGCGGAGGACGUGGCACAGGGAGGUCAGGUCGUACCCAGCAAAACAGAAAGAAUGGAACUGUGGGAAAAGGCCUUGGCUCACAAGAGGCAUGCGUUAGCUCUGAGGAAAGAGCAACGAUUAGAAGAAGCGGAGGAAGAGAUGCGGAAGGCUGAUCUAUUCAUGAUGAGGGUGAAGCAGCUGGAACUUGCAUGCAAAACGGAGGCCGAUGACCAGGGCGUGAAGGUCAAGGACGCCACAGUGGUGAAGGUGGCUGAAGAGGAGCCAGCUUCUGCAGGUCUUUGUGUUGUGCCACACGCUCCCUCACAUUCUGGUCCAUAUAGCUCUGGCGAGGACGCAGUGGAAGUCAAGGCGGCUGAGCGCAGUAGACCUGUGAGCGAUGCGAUCCCGGCAGUUGGUUCUUGUGAGGAGGGUGAGGAUGAACUGAUUUUCUCUCUCGAAGAAGAGGCACUGAAGGCAAAGAAGCAGGAGCGAAAGCUGCGGAAGCAAGGAAAGAUAGAAGAGGCAAAUGAAGUGCUCACGAAGCUUGAAGGGAUAACGGAGAACAUUGCGAAACUCAAAGCAGAAAUGGAAAGGCGAAAAUCAGAUUGUUCCCGAGUUGAGGCGGACGUUCCGGGUAAUUCGGACGAGGAGGAUGCAGAAGAUCUGCUUCUGACACUGGAAGCCGAAGUGCUUUCGACAAAGCGGCAGGAGCGGACACUUCGGCGGCAGGGGAAGUUGGAAGAGGCAAACGAACUCCUCAAGAAGCGAAAAGCGAUGGAGGACAAGAUAAUUAAGAUUGAAAUUGACAUGGAAAGGCAAAAAUCAGAUAGCGGUGGUGUGCACGGGAAGGAGGAUCGCCACACGGGCUCGCAUGAAGAGGAUAAUGAGGCACUGAUUCUGGGGCUUGAAGAAGAGGCACUUGAGACAAAGAAACUGGAGCGAGAACUGCGGCGCGCAGGAAAGAUAGAGGCAGCAAAGGAAUCUGUCCAGAAGUGUGAAGCGAUUCAGGAGAAGAUUAUGGAAAUCAGGACAGAGAUAGAAAAACAAAAAGCGGAAGGUAGAUCGUAUGGGCCAAAUAAUCUUCCAGCUGGGUCUCGUGAUGGGGAUGCUCAAGAGAAGCUGCUGGUUGCGCUCGAGGAAGAGGCACUCAUUGCUAAGUGGCAGGAGAUCGCACUGCGACGGCAAGGAAAAUUGGAAGAGGCGAAUAAAAUGGUUAGCAAGGAGGCAGGGAUUCAGGAGAAGAUCAUGACAAUCAAAACAGAGAUGGAAAGACGGAAAUCGGGACAUGUCGAUGGGUUGGAGAAGCCUCCCGUGGGUACUCGUGAGGACGAUGAAGAAGAUCAGUUGAUUCUGGCGCUUGAAGAAGAGGCGAUUGACACAAGGAAGCAGGAGUUAGCACUGCGGCGAAAUGGAAAGUUGGACGAGGCGAAGGAAGUGAAUAGGAAGUACAGAGACAUCCAGGAGAAGAUCGUGAAAGUGAAAAUGGAGGUGGAAAGACGAAAGUCGGGGAGCGUACAUGGGAGGGAGAAGGUUCCAGCUGCUUCACAUGAGCAUGAGGAGGACGAAGAUAAGCUGAUACUGGCACUUGAAGAGGAGGGGCUUGAGACAAAGCGGGAGGAGAUAGCACUGCUGCGGCAGGGAAAACUGGACGAGGCAAAUGAAAUGUCCAGGAAGCACACUGAAAUUCAGGAGAAGAUUGUGAAAAUCAAAACCAAGAUGGAAAGACGGAGGGAGGAGAAGCUUCGGACUCCUUCUCGUGAGGAGGAUGAAGAGAAGCUGAUUCUGGUACUUGAAGAGGAGGCACUCGAGAUAAAGCAGGAGGAGUUGAUGCUGCGGCGGCAAGGAAGGCCGGUAGAGGCAAAUCAAGUGAGUAGAAGGUACACAGAAAUUCAGGAGAAGAUCACAAAAGUUAGAACAGACAUGGAAAGGCGAAAAUCAGGUGGCGUGCAUGGGGGAGAGAAGGCUCCGAAGCUUCCCCUACAACCGUUCAGGCCACCAGGUGCCCAACGCCCUGAAAGUAACUAUAGCAAAGCUGAUGGUGAUAAGCACAGCGAUUCUCCCGUGCGGCCGAGUGAUGACAUCAGGCAACCUAUUGUUGAUGACAGCAAGAAUCAAGCAGCUGCAGAGAGGGAAACCGCAACUGAGGUGCGUAAGGCGAUGGAUCUUUUGGACAGCAAGUGGGAAAGCAGCAUGCAAGGAGUGGAAAGUCCAUUGCUUCCUUGGUCGGAAGGCGGCGCAGAAAUGUUGGUAGAGGAAGCCCAGAGGCUGGUGAACGCGUUGUCCGCAGCCGGAGGAGGAAACGAGGCAUUGAUGAACUCUGUGGGUCUACCUCAAGUGGUGGAUCACUGCGAGGGCAGCGAAGAGAGAAAAAGCGAGGAGGGGAGUUCCGACUCGAUACAUUGCAACUCGAGCAUGAAGGCAGCGGGCGUGAAACUGGAGAUAGCUAAAGAAGGGUCAAGUCCACACGGCAAGGAAGAGGACGUGGAGGAAGUGCUUUGGCAACGGCUGGAACAGCAUAGACGGAAGAGUAUGGUCUUACAUGAGGAAGGAAAGACCCAAGAAGCAGAGGAGGAAUUGCAGUCAGUGGAAAGGAUAAAACAGCAGAUGGAAGCUCUUCUGGUGGGUGGAAUGACAGGGGAUGGAGUCGGGGAAGAAAAGAGCGACAAGCGCACUUCUCUGGGCCCAGGAGAAUUGCAAACAGACCGAAAUGGAAAGGCGGGGGGGGGAUACCACACAAGCUCGGGACAGAGUCGGGACUCUUAUUUCAGUUUGCACGUCCUUUCAGACGCAGGGGACGUUCCUGUUCCAGCUGCUGCAACUGGGAACGAAUAUGAGCAGGCAGGUAAAGGUGGAGGUGUGGGAUCAGCUGUGGUUAGCAGUGCAGGGAAAGGAGGGAACUUUAGAUGGGCUGAGUCCAUAGUAAGUGCACCUUGGGGGAAAGGAGAGAAGGAACAAUACCUGAAGUGGUUGAAGGAUGACUUGGUGGAGAUAGAGAGGAGAGCAAUGGCCUUUGAGAGCCAAGGGAGGAAAGAAGACGCACUCAGAGAGUGGGUGAAGGGGCGUGCAGUCGAGAAUCGCAUUAGGGAGUUAGAAGGUGGUACAUGGAGACCUGUGGUGGUCCCAGACAGAGAACAAGUAGCACCUCUGCAGGGGUUAUCAUGGAAGAGGGAAGAACCUAAGAAUGCGCAUGAUGACAUCCCACAUGGAUUGGGAACGGAAAGUCAGUCGGGGACAGUGGGAUCAACACAAAUCUUCGGGAAGGAGAGACGGCGCUCUGAACAGGAGGAUGAGAUCGAUGGCGAGCCUGAAGUCGAUGAUGCUUGCAAUGUGGAGGAGGAGAGAAUGGGGAAAAAGGAAAGGGCAAGGGAAUUGGAGGCUCUUGAAAAGGAGAGACGGCACCUCCUUCUGGAGACUAAUAGGCAAAGGACAGCAGGAAAGUCGGAAGAGGCAUCGGCUUUGUAUGCGAAAGCCAAACAGAUCAAGGCCCAGAUACAGGCCCUUACGGAACAGGGGAAGAGUUCAGGGAGUCUGUCUGAGGGGACAACAUCAACAGAAACACCACAAGAUACUGGCAAACACGACCAUGGGGUACCGCCACGAGCAGUGGAAACAUCGAGUAAGAUCUCUGACGAAGUUGGUAGUGACGGUCAGGGUGACACACAAUAUUCUGAUCGCAGCAGGGAGGAAACAACCCGUAAUGAAACGUCAACGUCGUCAAGUGAAUUGGAGUUUCUUCGAGGAGAGAAAAAGCGUCUGGUUAAUCUAAGUCUAACCCUGAAGAGGGAAGGGAAGACGAGAGAGGCGGCCAUUGAAUAUUCGAAGCUCAAAGAAGUCAGUGCCCGGAUACAGGCCCUAAAGGAACAGGAGAAGAGUGGAGGUGUCCUCACUCCUGACACACAACAUUCCGAUCCCGGCAGGGAGGAAACAACCCGUGACGAAAUGUCAAGUGAAUUGGAGUUUCUUCAAGGAGAGAAAAAGCGUCUGCUUAAUCUAAGUUUAACCCUGAAGAGGGAAGGGAAGAUAAGAGAGGCGGCAGUUGAGUAUUCAAAGCUCAAAGAAGUCAGUGCCCGGAUCCAGACCCUAAAGGAACAGGAGAAGAGUGGAGGCGUCCUCACUCCAGGGCCUGAUGUAUCAGCUGCGCCAAGCCGAAUGUCAACAGUGCGACCUCCUGUUUCACCCAGGCAACCAUCACCGCGUCAGUCGCCCACUGGUCGUCGACCUUCGCAGCGACCAGUAUCACCUUUGCAAGCUCCUCAGCAGCCAAACGCUUCUGGGGGAGGUGGCCCCAUUCCUCCUCCACCUGAUGUAUCGUCAGCUCCACCGAGUCGAAUGCCAGCAGGCGGAAGAAGUCCACGACCAGUCUCUCCCAGGCAACCUUCACCGCGCCCAUCACCUCCCAUACAACUUCCUCCGCUAAACACGUCUUGGGGUAUUCGUCCUCCAAGCUCAGCCAGCUCGUCUGACUCUGAGCCCAAGCCAGGUACUGGUCCCCUCAGGUCAGGCAAGGGUUCCGACGGAUCUGGACAGAACUUUGCGACCCCUUUGCCACCCGCUCGUCUCAGUGAGUUGGGUGGCUCUUCUUGGGAGCUGAAACCUCCAGGAGCAGGUAUCUCACCUCGUCCUGUGCAAUCGGGUGGUUCCCUCAACCCUGGUGAUAAUGGGGAUAGAGAAGGCUCUGAAGGGCGGCGAACUCCAACCGGAACUGGGUGGGGGCCGCCGCCUCCCGCAAACCGCUGGGGUGCACCGGGCGCAUCUCCCCCAGGAUGGCGGCAGGACUCCAUGGGUUUCAAUGUCCCACCUCCUCCCCCGCCAACCUCAAUACGGCCUGGAGCUUCAAAAUCCCCCCCUCCUGCAGUUCCUAAGCCUCCCACUCCUGCACCUGCUAGCCCCUCACCUCGUAUGCCUCCGAAAUCUCCCCCUCGAGAGCAGCAGCAGUGCAGAGCAAAAGCGAGGAUCAUGGCUCCGAUGGGGAGGAGGUAAGUCAUGAUUGGCCUUGUUCGGGUGGUUAGCAACAGUCAUGUCCUGAAUGGCACAGGAACCUCAGUUCAUCUUGAGCCUAGCAUAGGUGAACGUGAUGCGGGACACCUGCAGCAGUUCUUGACCCUAGCCCCCCUCCCCCCCCUGCCAGCAGCCAAGGAGCAGUCUAGACUGACUGUGUUGAGUCGCUCGUUCUUCGGGAGUGGCGACUCUUUAUAGGGAGCACAGCAUAGGUGAAUGUGGAGUGGGAACACCUGCAUCCGUUCGUGAGCCCUCCCCUGUCACCCCUGCUUUAGCUCCAAAAAGUCUUCUUGCCUGGAAACAUGCAUUUUCUGCUGACGCCAGAGCCACAGUUCUUCGAAAUGAAAGGUGCCGUUGUGAGCCAAGUAUAGACGAAGAUGAUAUGGCAGCGUGGGCGGGAAGUCUUGCAGUGUUUGAAGUCUCUGCAGUACAAGAGAGGUAUCUGCUUUGAGUGAACUUUUCUCUUGUAUCCUUUGAGGUGUUCCUUUCUCCUCCGUUUUCCUUCUCUUGAAACACAAUUUGAUGCUUUCUGUGCUUCUGUAGAUAAGUCUGUGCUGAGCAGAUAUAGCCCAUGUGCAGCGUGUGGUAGUCUCCCAGGUUCUUCUGUAGGAAGUUAGGUCACAGAGAAGAGGAUGCAUACGUGCGACAGACAAAUGCAUGGGUUGCUACGUAGAGAAUGGGGUAAUACCACGAGUGUCGAAGCUAGAGGAGGGAUGCCAGUGGGUUUGUGGACGACAUCUCGGAGUUCAGCAGUCCUGGAAAGUAGCGUAUAGAAUGGGCGUUGUAGCAUGUGGAUGUUGAAGCUCAAGAGCUUUCAGUGCAGCUGUGGAAGGUCUGUUGGAGACAUGGAGUGAAGCACAGCCUGAACCUUCGCCGUUCAUAUCGGGAGUUUCUGUACGGCCAACUGACAAGCCCUUCGUGGAGUUCUCCCGAGUCGUCAAAGAAGUCCGCUGUAGGCUAGGCAAAGUCUCUAGAUGGUGUUCAGCCAUGGCGAAGGAAGGCAAUAAUGGCAACGGGACUUGUUACGAUGUGGUGACAUAAGGGGGGGAUGGGAUGGAAGGGUGGGUGAGGACUGGUGUGAGAGUAGCCGAUGAGGAGACCCCCCCCUUUGUCAGAACUUCGAGCGGCAGGCCGAAGUUAUGGCUGGAUCAUUUGAGGAGAAGAUAACGUUUGCGGAAAGUCUUUUGUGAUGUUCUUUCUCUAUAAUGAAUGUAGACAGAAGUGAUCCUCUUCGACUUGAGAGAGUGUGUUUCACCCAUUUAUUUCAGGAUGCAUGUGCAGCGGGAAACACCACCUUCUUUCGCUUUGACAGUUUGUGCUCUACCCAGUCAUCUGACUAUGCAGGUGUAAAAAGUCCCCAAGCGUAAAAAAAAAAAAAAAAUGAAGGGAUCACAUGCAGACAUCAAUCUAUGGAUUGCUGCUUAUAAGUUAUAAGAAGCUAGCGCCUGAUCCAGCCCCCCACGAUGGUGGCGCUUCAGAGGAUCGUGCAAUUGGUGGGAAAAGGAUGCAGACUUGGUGGCAGGGGACCAUAUAUACUCUAGCGUUGGGGUUGGGUUUGAGAAUGUGUGCUCUCUUCCCACUCGUUUGAAGACAGAGAUGCAGUGCGAUCGGAGACAGAGAUGCAGUGCGAUCGGCCAUGUGGCAGAGGAUCAAGCAGGCUGGUAGUGGGAAAAGCUUACAUCUGCUUAGCCGUUUUCGAGGGAAGGAUUUGCCUGCAUGCUUAUAUUGCGUCCAACUUCACACGAAUAAUUGCAAUGCAGAGUUGACGUGUUGCUGCCGAAGGAUGAUAGGGUUAUCCGUUAUCGAUAUUGUUCUCGUUGCAUUUGAACAUCAAUAGUUGGUUGAUGCGGCGGCAACCACACCGU